AUGACGAGCCCCGAAUUCGAUUCCCCGAUUCAUGCUCGAGCAUUACCAAACCACCUACUAGAGACGAGAGAAGAUAGCAGCACGCCGAGUCCUCUUUUCCUGCUGCCCCCUUCGAUCCCCGAAACCUCUCUGACCGUCCUGGUGCUUUUCCCCGCCACUCUGCGGCACCUCUGCGUCCGAAUUUACUGGGGCCCGAGGGAUUUGAACUUGUCGCCCAACGAGAUCCUCGCCGCUAACCGUCCCGGUAAUGAUUGGCUCUCGCUGAGCUCUCCGGCGAUCCCCUCCGUCAUCCUGACGGCCGUUCUGACUUCUCAGGCGCGACCCUCUCUGCGAUAUGGGAGCUCGUUCCUCAUCUAUGGGUCUCCGAUAGAGCUUGAGCAGGCAUCGAGCAUCGAGCGUCUUUCGCAUCUCAAUACUGAACAUCGAGAUCGAGACAUGGCCAAGUACGUCACCAUCACGCCGAUUCGGGCCAAAUCUUGGGGGGAAUCCAGCCUGGAAGAGAAGGUUGUGAUGAGGGAGUGCUCCAUGUUGAUUGCCUAA